AUUUAAUAAACAUGAUUAAUAUAUAAAAAACAAAUAUUAAGGAAGGAAUCAACAACGUUGCGAAACGUUAAAAUUUUGCAUUUACGAAAAAGAAAGAAAAGUAUAAAAUAUGUCUUUGGCUGAUGAAUUAAUUGCUGAUCUGGAGGAAGACGAUGGUGAUGAUCUUCAAGAUUUACUCAAAAGUACACAAAAAUUUCAAGUGAACUCAACUGAAUUUGAGACGAAUACACCGUUGCCCGAUACCAACACCUUUUCUAUUAGAAAUUUAUGUAAAUUAAGAGAUUCUGAACGUCUACAAAGUAUUUUAAAUAUGAUUGAAGGUGCAACAAAUCCCGAAAAUUUAGUUAAUAUGAUUGGAAAUUUAGAGUCUGAUCCAGAAUAUCAACUGAUAGUUGAAGCCAAUUACUUAGCAGCUGACAUUGAUAAUGAAAUAUCAAUUAUCCAUAAAUUUACAAAAGAAAAAUAUCAAAAGCGUUUUCCUGAACUGGACUCAUUAAUUAUCGGUGAAAUGGAAUAUUUAAGUGCUGUAAAAGAGCUAGGCAAUGAUUUAGAUCAAAUCAAAAACAAUGAAAAACUACAACAAAUUUUAACACAAGCUACAAUAAUGAUUGUUUCAGUCACAGCUUCAACAACGCAAGGUACAUUUCUGGCACCAGAAGAAUUACAGCAAAUUAAUGAAGCCUGCGAUAUGGCUAUUGAUCUUAAUAAUUUUAAAAUGAAAAUAUUCGAAUAUGUUGAAAGUAGAAUGUCAUAUAUAGCACCAAAUUUAUCAAUGAUAAUAGGCGCUUCCAUUGCUGCUAAAAUUCUAGGGAUUGCUGGAGGUUUGGUGAAGCUUUCCAAAAUACCGGCAUGCAAUAUAUUAGUGUUGGGAGCACAAAAAAAGACUCUUUCUGGAUUUUCCAAAGUUCAAAUGCUUCCACAUACAGGUUUAAUAUAUUUUUCUCAAAUUGUGCAAGACACGCCACCAGAUUUACGCAGGAAAGCCGCACGAUUGGUAGCAGCCAAAUGCGCUUUAGCUGUGCGUGUAGAUGUAUGCCACGAAUCAAUUCAUGGCGAGAUAGGUUUGAGAUUGAAGGAAGACAUAGAAAAAAAGCUUGAUAAAUUACAAGAACCUCCUCCAGUAAAAUUUAUUAAACCUUUACCAAAACCAAUUGAAGUUUCAAAAAAGAAGAGGGGUGGUAAACGUGUCAGAAAAAUGAAAGAACGAUACGCUUUAACAGAAUUACGAAAAAAUGCCAAUAGAAUGAAUUUCGGAGAUAUUGAUGAAGAUGCAUACCAAGAAGAUCUUGGUUACAAUCGUGGUACUAUUGGUAAAUCUGGAGCUGGGCGAAUACGUUUGCCACAAGUGGACGAAAAAACAAAAGUAAGGAUAAGCAAGACAUUACAAAAAAAUUUACAAAAACAACAGGUUUAUGGUGGUAGUACAACAGUUAAAAGACAAAUAUGCGGAACAGCAUCAUCUGUAGCUUUUACCCCUUUGCAAGGACUGGAAAUAGUAAACCCUCAAGCAGCAGAAGUACAUUCUUUAGAUAAUGCUAAAUACUUUUCAAAUGUAUCUGGGUUUUUAUCUAUAAAAAAGAAAUAUUAAAAUAAGUGGUCAAAACAUAAUUCUGAAUACACCCAUUAAUUCCAACAACCAAUUUAUAAUUGUGUGCAUUUUCCUCAAUUUUAAUUAUUAAUAACUUCAUUAAUAAUAUUAAAAAACUUUGAUUCAA